GUUGAUUGUCGCAUACAUGACGCGUACAUCAUAGAGUAAAGCUCAUUGUGCAUUGUCAACGAAACUGAAAAUGGCCGAACUUUUGACAAAGAGGACAAUUGAAUGCGUGGACCAGGAUGUGUCAAGAUCUCCCACUGAGGAUAUGUGUAGAUCGAAAAGAACGAAAUGGGACUCGGGUGAAAGAAACGUCGAUAUCGACGGGCAGACACCCAAACAAGACGAGGAUCGGAACAAUAGUAACGCCCCCACAAAAGUGAAGGUAACUCUUUCUGAAGUCAGUGAACAUUUUGAAGCCACAGUUUCUAAUCCUAUUCCAUAUCGCAUUGUUGUUGGCGAAAAUUGCAAGAACAGAAAUUUUGAUGAUGAGGCACAAAAAGCAUCGAACAUACUCAAAAACAUAGUUAUGGAAAAGAUGAACGAUAAAAUGGCCGAUGAACCUACAACGUCAAUGUUUCAAGGCAUUCAACAACAUAAUUAUCAACCCAUGGUACCGUUGACAUGUAAAACGUCAUAUUCACGUCCAGCAUUACCAGUACGUUAUCUACCUGCUCAAAGCAAUAUGUUCCCGCCAUUUGUCAGAGGACCAAACAUUUCUGCCUUUGGAAAUCUGACAUCACAGCCCCAGACUGGAUUCCCAAGAGUGUUGCAACAGUCGGGUAGGUUUGUGGUCCAACCGAUCCCACCCAUGUCUUCUGUAGUAAGAUCUUUGCCGUCGGCUUGCGGGAUGUUACCAACUGCAACUGUUAUUCCACCGUCGACUGGAACAGCCACUCAAUCGACAGGAACGAUGACGUCGAUAAAUGAUCCAAGUUUGCCCAGCACUGAUUACUUCAGCAAGAUCUCGAGUUCGGCAAUCAAAACGCCAACGGUUCAAGUAAUGCCCGGCACCUCUAUGAUAUACAAAACCCCGGGUGCCACUUUCAAGAACCGAAAUGGCAAAGUCAAGCGGCCUAUGAACGCGUUUAUGGUAUGGGCGCGAAACUACAGAAGCCAACUUUCUGAGGAAAUGCCACAGGCUUCUAAUGCACAAAUCAGCGUUCGGCUAGGACAGAUCUGGGGCAGUAUGUCGCUUGUUGACAAGGAAAAGUACUUCAGAGAAGCGGAACGUAUCAAGCUCCAACAUAACCGAGAUUUCCCAGGAUGGGUGUACCAACCCAAACAAAAGAAAGUGCCAGUGGAGACCCAGCAUGACCGUCUUUGGGCAAGAUUUGGAUCCAACAAGGAACAGUUGCCAGAGUCGACCACUAACUCAUGUCCGGAAGUAGCAGUGACCAGUGUCCAGCAGACUGUGACCCCGACUCCUGUGACUGUGUAUCCCAAAACCCCUAUUGCCACCACAGCAAAUAUCUCAAUCACGUCUCCGCUUCCGUCGUUUUCCCAAUUGGCUCAGACAGUUUCUGAUCCCACCCCAAUCAUGUCCCUUGAGGCAGGACUAAACCCGAACCCGUCGACCAUUGCCACUAUCGAGAAUACGAAAUCAGGGUCUAUCAGAGGAGAAUCUACGGACGGUGGUCAAGGAUCGGUCAGAAGACCAACAGCUUUCAAGGUCGUAGGAAACAGUCAGGCGCCAGCCGUACAAAUGUUCCCUAAGAAAGAACAUGAACAGCUAACAUCUAUGACGUCUUCUACAGUAGGUAAUUCUCCACUGAAGAUUACCACGUCUUGUCCGACAGCUACCGGAAAUGUAAGAUCAAUGCCCAGUACCUUGACCGGAUGUCCCUCCCCCAAAGGACGACCUCCAAGUAUUUCUCGUAGAAUUCCCGCUACACCAGCGAUGCUGGUAUCUUCACAACGUGCUUACAAGGAAGCCAUAUUGACUAAAAACCAUUCAAGUAGUCCAACAAAAUCCAAGUCAAGUUCCUCUGGACCCAGUUUAACUACCACUUCUGAUCAGAGACAGCAGAAAUCUGACGUCACACCACUAACGACGGCCUGUGACGUCACACCAACCGUAUCACAAAGAUCCCCGAGGUGUGCAGACUCCGUAGACGAGUUAUGGCCGUUUCCCCUCCCCACGAUCGAGCAGACACACCACGCGGAUGUCCUUUAUGACGACCAUCUCAGAUAUGAACGGGAGAGCGGCCCGGGAUACAUUGAUCCGUACAACCCCUUCUAUUACGACGGCAGCUAUGACGAAACUAGGUCAGGACUGCAGGUAGAUGUUAACAGUUGGCAGAAGUAUUUGAACUACACCAAGAUGCAAAACGAGGCCGAGGACAAGACAAACCUGACCAAGUAUUUCCCGCCGACGAGCAGCUCAAGUGUCUGGUGCGAACAGAUCUCUAACAAUGCUGACAACUGUUCCCAGCAGGCCACUCAUUCUAAACAGAAUGGAAAUGAUCAGGAACCACGCCGCACGUCAUCUGAAUCCUGUUUCGCGUCAUCACUGACCAGUGCUAUAAACGUUCUCGAUGACGUCAAUAACGGCGGUACCCCGGAUGGUUAUGCCGACCUCAACCUACAUGGAUACCAAAACAAAUCACCACGGACAUCAAGAGAUGUGGUGGAGUUACAAAGUCAGAACUGUGCUCUUCAAGCAUUGGAUCUCAGUUCGGGUUCACGCGCCCAGACCAGCGUAUCCAAUAUUGUUUAUCUUGGCCAGGAAACCACCCACAUGGGAUCUGGAGAUGGUGUGAAAACAGUAUACAUAGAAGGCAGUCCACCUGGAAAACCAGAAGAUUCAAGGCCGCUGAAAAAGAGAACGGAACGCUACAAAAGAGAUUUCAUCAACGGGGGAUCCGACUUCACUUCCGGUGAUAUCCCGACAGGAACGUACCUGGAGGAUGUAGUGUUUCUCACGUCUCCAGAAAAGGCAUGCGUAGAAGGGUUGUCCCGUAAUUUACCACAGGGAAGUGGAUACGUCGCCACAGGGCGAAGUAAAGACCAUGUUAUGUCACCAAAGCUAAUUAUAGAUGUAGGACAUGAUUUUGUGCAGUCUCUAAAAUCAGGCACAGUUAUCACAGAUCUGACUCCAGUUGAUUUGUCAAAUGCCAAGUCAGUCCAGGCGCGUGUCAUCCCUGACCCAGCAACAUCACAGAUACACGACACUACACAGACGACUGGACGCUCUAGGCGUAUGGAUACUGGAAUUCAUACUGAAACGUUUAUGGUCAGUAUAAAGAAAGAACAAGAUAAUUAUUGACGUAUUAG